CCGCAGGCCGCGAAUAAAGGGCCGCGACAAAAUAUCUCUGCUCUUCCCCACGCACCAUGUCCCAGUCCCCCCUCAUCGUCUGCAUCGGCAACCCCCUCCUCGACAUCACCGUCGGCCCCGACGAGGGCCCCGCCUACCUCGCCCGGUAUGCCCUCAAGCCCAACGACGCCAUCCUCGCCGACGACUCCCAUAUGCCCAUCUACGACGACAUCGUCACCAACGCCCGCGUCUCCUAUGUCGCCGGCGGUGCCGCCCAGAACGCUGCCCGUGCCGCCUCUUACGUCCACCCCGCCAACGCGGUCGCCUACAUCGGCUCCGUCGGCGACGACGACCUGAAAAACACCCUCCAAAAGGCCAACGAGGCCGAGGGCGUCCUCUCGGCGUACCAGAUCCAGCCUCCCCCCGCCAGGACGGGCGCCUGCGCCGUCAUCCUCUCCGGCCACAACCGUUCUCUCUGCACCACCCUCCGUGCCGCCGAGCAGUUCACCCCCUCCCACCUCGCCCAGCCCGAGAUCGCCAAGCUCAUCGACACCGCCAAGUACUUUUACAUCGAAGGCUACUUUCUCACCCACGGUAUCGAGAGCGCCCUCGAAAUCGCCAAGAAUGCGUCCUCCAAGGGCAAGGUCGUCGCCCUCAACCUGUCUGCCCCGUUCAUCCCCCAGUUCUUCAAGGUCCAGCUCGAAGAGCUCUUGCCCCAUGUCGACAUUUUGAUCGGUAACGAGAGCGAAGCCGCUGCCUUUGCGACCGCCUCUGGCAUGGCCGACGCCCCCCUCGCCGACGUCGCCACCGCCCUCGCCGCCCUCCCCAAAUCCAACACCUCCCGACCCCGUCUCAUCGUCAUCACCCAAGGUGCCGACUCCACCCUCGUCGCCUCCUCCUCCCCUUCCACUUCCGCCGGCAACGUCAAGACCUCGGACGCCAACCCCAAGACGUACCCCGUCUCCAAGCUGGCAGACGACCAGAUCGUCGACACCAACGGUGCCGGCGACAUGUUUGCCGGUGGCUUCUUGGGCACCUUGGCGCUUGGCAAGGAUUUGGAUGACGCGAUCGAGGUCGGACACAAGCUUGGUCAGAUGUGUGUCGGCCAGAAUGGGCCCAAGCUUGUUUACCCCCGUGUCAAUGUCCUCUAAGGCGUACACCGAACCGAGAUGAAAGAAGAAAGGGAGAGUAAAAAAGAGACGGCUUCAACGCCGCGGUUUAUUUUUUUUUGUACCAUGUUACCAUCUCUACAUAUUUCAUUAUAGUGUUUUCUUGAUGUCUUUGAGAUGUAGCGGCAUUUUCAACAGUGCGUGGUUUUUUGUCCUCGAAACUAUUCCUCGAAACUUUUCCGUUCCACGAUUCUAGCAGCAGCGCACCGGGACCUGAGAUAAGAUUAAAAAACCUCGGCUG